GAACGCUGCUUCGAAACCAUUUAUCACUCAAUUUGGCUCAGUCGCUACAUAAUCUAUUACUGAAACAUCCGCUAACUAAUAGUAGGGGACGAUACUACCCUAUUAGGGGUUCAGGCUUGCGUCAGUACGCCUCCGACCGCCGCGGGGGUAGCGUGUUACGCGCCAAGAAAGGCGCGCGAAACACACGAUUCGGAAAAGUUCCACAAAGUUUUCUUUUUUCAAAAAAAACUUUUUAUUCAUUUCAGUGGAAACUCUUUCGAAUUUUACACAUCGGAACUGUUUUGGUUUGUUUUUUUUUUUAAUAUGAGGACAGUGCUUUGAUAACGAAAAUGGAUCACUUUAUAAGGAAGUUGGUGGUGAUUCUGUCUUCGUUUUUUAUUGCAUUAGUUGUUUCUUCUGCGUCAACUAUGGAUAACAUCGGCAAAGUGCAGCACAGUGAUAGGUCGAUACUCGCCAAGGAUAAUCUACUUUACCAAUGGUGGAAUCGCUUAAACAAUGAUUCACACGUACAGAGGAAUAGACACAAGAGGAGUCUGCAAAUGGUUCUGACGCAGCAUUUCAGUGAGACCACUGCUAUGCCGGGAGGAGACGUGAGUCUCCAAUGCGUCGUGAACGGCCCGCAUCCAGCAAGAUUCGUUUGGGAACGCGAUGGCAUCAUUAUUUCUUCUAAUACGGAUUCGAGAUAUGUGAUAGGUCAAACAAUGGCAGCGGACGGUGGUGUAAUGACGCAGUUGAACAUAUCCCAUCUAAUGGUGGACGAUGGAGGUCUGUUUUCCUGUGUUGCCCAUCACGGGGAAAAUGUUAUUAGCCACCAGGAUCGUCUUAAUGUUUACGGUCCACCUUACAUACGGACUCUUCCGCCGUUUAAAGUGCAAAGUGGACAAAGUGUUACUUUGAGGUGCCCUUAUUACGGCUAUCCUGUAAGAGAGAUCACAUGGGAAUACAAAGGCAAAAAAAUAACAUCGGACAUAACGAUAUCGCCGAGCAAUCGCUUCAGGCGAUUCACAAGCGAGGACUUAAGUAUCGAAAUAUUCGGACGAAAGCCGAAGUUAAGAAGGUCGAAAAGAGAUGCGACAGUUACCAACGGCGGUGUUCUGAACAUAUCAAAAGUUUCCAAGGGCGACAACGGCGCUUUUUACGCGUGCAUAGUGAAAAGUCCCUCGGGAGAAAUGGCUAAAAGGUCUUUCGAGUUGCAUGUCGUUGAACCUCCUCAGUUAGAAGAGAUAUUGCUGGCGCAAGAUUUGCAGGAAGGGCAGAUCGUACAGAUACAUUGCAAUUUGAAAAGCGGAGAUUCACCGGUGUAUUACUCGUGGCUUAAGGACGGGAAGAAGAUUCCUAAUCAUUUGAAGAUUAUUGAGAGGAGUAUGGAAGUAUUCAGUGUACUGAUAAUAAAGAAUGUUUCUUUGGAUCACUGCGGUACUUACACUUGUGUCGCUGCCAACCACGUAGCUAAGGUGAAUAGGACUGCCAACCUGUAUAUAAAAGUUGCACCAAAGUGGAACGAAGAGCCACUAAACACAUCAUUGUUAUUAGGAAGGAAUGGUCACGUAUCUUGCAGUGCCAAUGGUUAUCCACAACCACAAACCCAUUGGUUGAAAAGAGAUGUUGUAUCAGAAGCCUGGCGACCGGUACUUGAAGUUGCUGGUGGCGGAGUACUAAGCCUCUCUAAUGGCUCAUUAAUAUUCGACACGGUCGCACUCUCAGACGCCGGUCAGUACACCUGCCACGUGGAAAACGGAGUGGGAGAAGCACUCAGCAAAACUAUUUGGAUAUCAGUUAAUAAACCGGUGACUUUCGAUGUAUUGUCGAGGAAUAUGACAGCGAAGCUAAGUCAGCAUGUAACUAUAGAAUGUCACGCUAAAGGUGAUGAGCCUAUAAGGAUAAUGUGGACAAGGAAUAUGACGCCCAUCAACCCUUUAAUGCAAAGGGUGAAGAUAUCAGAGGCGAAGACUGAUGAAGGUCUGACGAGUACUUUGGAAGUAAUGCAGGCGGAGACGAGCGACGGAGCGCUGUAUCAAUGCAGGGCCGGGAACCCGUACGGAGCUCAAGUUCUGAGCGUCCAUCUAACUAUAUUGGAACCACCAACUCCUCCAACUGACCUCUCAGUGGACUCCAUAAGAAGUAGAACAGUACGAUUAUCAUGGCGGGACGCCACUAGAUCUCUGGCCCAAUACUACAGCGUGCAGAUAACCACCAGCCAGAGGCUUACUUGGAAUACGGCCAAGACGAUCAACGUCACCAGGUUAGAAGAGAUCCGACACAACGUGGAAGUGGAUGACUUGCAACCCUCUACAGGAUAUGCAGCCCGCGUGGCUGGAGGAAACCAGGCUGAUCUGAGCCAUUACUCCACUCCUGUGAGAUUCACUACUACUGAAGAAGCUCCUUCGUCACCACCCCUGGGAGUGCAGUUGGAGCAAACUGAAUCACCGGGAGAACUAAGGGUGAAGUGGCUUCCACCACCUCCGGAUACCCACAACGGCCUUAUUAUAGGAUAUAGACUGCGGGCUGUCCCGCAACUAAAUGGGAUUAAAGAAUCUGAAGAGGUGAGCGACAAAACGAUAAAAACUGAUUCACUAUAUUCGAAGCAAGAGACUACUAUCACGGGACUGUUGAAAGGUGUCAGGUACGCUGUGUCAAUAGCAGCAUUCAACAGUGCCGGCAUGGGACCUUUCUCCAUACCCCUGUUUCAAGAUACGCGGGAAGGGGCUCCUGAAGAAGGACCAUCGGCAGUGGAAUGCAGUGGCGUCACUUCAACAGCGUUGCGAGUGAGUUGGCAACCCAUACCGCCGCACAAGCAAGCCGGUGCGCUCAUAGGAUACACUGUGUUAUACGCCGCCCAAGGUCGCAAUUGGUUGAACGCUACUACGCUGGUGACGGAAUUGCGGUUGCAGAGCUUGCUCAAGUUCACCAAUUACACCAUCAAAGUUGCGGGCUUCUCUAACUACGGACUGGGUCCGUUCACCUUUCCCAUUGUGUGCGCUACGCUACAAGACGUACCUCAGGCGCCAGCGGAAAUAAAACUCCUAUCUCAAUCUUCCAAUACGCUAUUGGUGAGCUUUAAGAAACCAAAACAACCCAACGGUAGACUACUGCACUACACGGUUUACUGCAAACCAACUGCAAGCAACGACGGUCCCCAAACUAUUCGGAUUGACGCCCAGCAAACUACAGACGCUUAUGAAAAGACUCAGACUGUAGAUAUCAAGGGCUUGAGUGAAGGCAGACAGUACGAUGUAUGGGUGACCGCUAGCACUGUUAUUGGGGAAGGACCCGAGAGUAGAAGAGUCACCAAUACCCCUUCGCAAAGAGUGGUAGCAGGAGUCGCAUCAUUAGGCGGUGAAGUGACUGUAGCUGUGAGAAACUCGCUCUUACUAGAAUGCAAGAGUGUAGGCUCUCCACCACCAAGGACUGUGUGGUACCACAACCAGAACAUUAUUACCCACCACCCGAGAUUCACUAGGAACAGAGAUGACAGCUUGCUCAUCAAAAGUAUCGACCAAGCACUAAGUGGCAACUACACCUGCUUAGCUAAAAACCUGUAUGGAUCUGAUUCAGUAGUAUACGCAGUAAGGGUACUACCACUGCCUGAUCCGCCUGCUAUAAGAGCUACGCCAUACAAGGACUACAUCGUUGUCGAAUGGGAUGAAAUAAAGACUUACAAUAACGACACUUCCAAUUAUGGUAUAAGUUAUAAUUUAACGUGGCGGGAAGCCGAUGGACCUUGGCAAGAGGCUUGGCCCGCAGCAAGAGAAUCCAGAUUACCAGGAGUUCAACAGCACACAUUAUCAGGCUUAAAGUGUGGAACUAAAUAUUCUAUACGAGUUACUGCUACAGAUAGCAUUGGCACAUCUGCCCCAGCGCACGCUGACGUCGUCACUUUAGGUGGAGCUCCAGUGUCUCCUCCCACAACCGAUUGGCUGUGGAGCAAUGCCACCCACAUCUACGUGCAGCUCAGCGGCUGGGACGACGGUGGAUGUGAUGUCACCAGAUGGGAGGUAGACUACAGGCUACUGGGCUCCGCAGUGUGGAGUAAAGCGGAGAACAAAGCUCCCAUGGAUUUGAACCUCGGCUGGAGCUACGUCGAAGGCCACUACCAAGCGCCCCCAUUACGGUCCAUACCUUCGUCGUACGCUGUAGGUCUUCUCGCUCCCGCGAGUUGGUAUCAGCUAAGAGUGACUGCGACAAACGAUGCUGGCGUAGCUUCCACCGUUUAUACUUACGCGACGAAGACAAUGGACGGAGAGGAAAUCGGCCCACCAUCUGAGAUAUUUGACUUGAACAUGCUGGUUAUCGUAUGCAGCUCGAUACUCCUUGUGGCCUGUCUCUUCGCGUUCUUUUGUAUUCUUUUCAGGAGACACAGACAGAACUAUUCAUCGCAAUAUCGGCAUUCCAUCGCCGACGAAGUAAAAUCACGUAACGAGAGUGUGGCAUCCCAUUCGGAACAUAAGGAUCGGUACGCGCAUGCCCCAAGGAUCUACACUUCGCCAGUACAUCCACGGAAGGCCAGCAAAAAUGAAAUGUUCGAAAUCAGCCCUUACGCGGAGUUUGCACUGGGCUUCCGCACGUUUGACCACGUCGAGAACCAAGACUUGCCUAGACAGCUGCCUAGCAGACCAAGAUUUGAUACUGAGACCAGUUUCCAGAAUCGGUCAGAAUCCGAUGACAGCGACAGCACAUCCAAAGCAGUCACAGUCACCGCCGUGCCACGAAGGCAUUGCCGAACACCACACCACAGAUAACAAUAAAAUAGACAAUUGACAUUUUUUUCUCAAAAAGAAUUGUAAUAUUUGUCACGUUUCUGUUAAAACUGUACUUACCGUUGUGCAUAUCAAUGAACACACAAUUAUCAGAAUUGUUAAUUAUGAUGAUUAAAAAUAAAAUUUUCAAGAAAAUUAACUAUAUUGUUGAAGGAGUUAUUUUAUACCCGGUUCAUACAAUUGAAGUUUUAUUAAUCUUAUUCUUUUGCUUUUAUAAAUAAAUAUGUAAAACAUGUUUUUUUGUUUGUUUUAAUAAUAUCAAAAAUAUUUUUUUUACAAAAUAUUUUUUAUUUUAAUGUUGGCAAUGAGUCAUUCAUAGAUAAUUUAACAACUAAAUAUUUAUAUGAAACCAUUAAUUAAGAAAUUAAAAUUCAUAAAGUUAAUUGUAUUACAAAGAAGUUGUUUUAUUUCAAAAUGUAAACGUGUUCAUGAUUAAGUAUCGAACUCAUAAACAAACAAACCGAAAUACAUUUUCUAAGGUAAAAUUUGAUGUACCUACGUCUUUUUCCCUUAACUUCAAAUGUACCAUUGAUAGUACUACUGACACACUUUUACGUCACUAGUACCAUUAGAAAAAUACAAUAUAUUGCCCCAGUUGACGGUACUACAGCGAGUAAACUGGGGGGAAUAUAUUAUAUUUUUUAAUGGUACCUACUAGGGACGUAAAAGUCUGUCAGUUGUACCAUUAAUGAUAGUGAUCUAUGGUACAUCUGACUCAUAGGGGUCUUUCUAAAUAACAAUAGCUACAUUUCAUAAAUAACUUUAUUUAUAGGUACCGUGUCGUGAUUAUACUUUUACUAGGUAUCUUCCCAGAGAAGUUUACAGUUGGAAUAUUCAAUGUUUUUUCCUCUCUCAAUUCAGUGCGACAGCAGAUUUUAUAUUCGAGUGUCGAAAUGAGUUCAACUUUUUACGCUCGUUUCAUAAUGAUUUUUUGAUUAAAAGACUGAAGUUUCUUAGUAAUAAGUAAUUUGCCAAAUGUCUGUGUCAAAUCUAUAACUGUCUUUUUAACUGCCAUUUUUAUUAUCUUAUUAUUUUUUUACCAUUAAUACCAAAGAAGUAUCCUUUACACGAUUUUCAUUUUGUAGUUAAUGCAAAUUUUUAUAUUAAAUAAAAAAUCUCGUGUAUAAAAAAGGGUAAUGUUCGCAUCGCAUACAACGUCUUUCAUUUCUUGAAAUUCUCGAAUUGCAAUUUCCAAAAAAAUGGGAUCAGAGAUAUUUUCGUACCUAUCUCAAAAUCUCGAAUUAGCUAAUUGGAAUCGGAAAACCAUUUGUGUGUUUGUGUUAUUUAUCGUGUGAAGGAAACUUAUCUAAACAUGUUUAUCCAAAGCGAUGCACCAUCUAAAUGGAACUCGAUAUUAUAUUUAAACGUUUGUUUGUUAUAUAGAAUAUUCUAGAAUAAUGUAAUAUUAUGAUAAUAAAUGUUUGAAG